GAUCACGUGACUGCGGCUGGCACGUGGUCUUGUUGCAAACAUGGCUGCGCCCGCAGCGCUCCGCCGCUUGUUCCUGCUGCUGGGAGUGGGGCUGACGGUGGCUGCCGGCGCCGUGAAGGAGGCAGCUCCCGGCGGGAAUUGCGGCUGCGGCGCUAGUCGCGGCCGUGGGGAUGAGCGAGAGGCGGCGGCGCGGCGGUACUCGGCGGCGGCCAACGGCGGCAGGAGUUCUGGGCGCGGGCCGAUGGUUGCUAUUCCAGGAGGAGUGUUCACCAUGGGCACUGAUGAGCCUGAAAUACAGCAAGAUGGAGAGUGGCCUGCAAGAAGAGUCCAUGUUAACAGCUUCUAUAUGGAUCGAUAUGAGGUCAGCAAUCAGGAAUUUGAGAGAUUUGUGAAUUCUACUGGGUACCUCACUGAGGCGGAGAAGUUCGGAGAUUCCUUUGUGUUUGAGGGAAUGCUGAGUGAAGAAGUCAAGGCUGAAAUCCAUCAGGCAGUUGCAGCUGCUCCCUGGUGGUUGCCUGUGAAGGGAGCCAACUGGAGGCAACCCGAGGGUCCUGGCUCCAGCAUCCUGAGCAGGAUGGACCAUCCAGUUCUUCACGUGUCCUGGAAUGAUGCUGUAGCAUUUUGCACGUGGGCAGGGAAGCGAUUACCAACAGAGGCUGAAUGGGAGUACAGCUGUCGAGGGGGCCUUGAGAAAAGACUUUUCCCAUGGGGCAACAAGCUUCAGCCCAAAGGUCAGCAUUAUGCAAACAUCUGGCAGGGAGUUUUCCCAAGUAACAACACUGCAGAAGAUGGAUACAAAGGAACUGCACCGGUCACUGCGUUUCCUCCCAAUGGAUAUGGCUUGUACAACAUUGUAGGAAAUGCCUGGGAGUGGACAUCUGACUGGUGGGCUGUUCAUCAUUCAGCAGAUGAAGCUCAUGACCCUAAAGGGCCCUCGUCGGGGACUGACCGAGUGAAGAAGGGUGGAUCAUACAUGUGCCACAAGUCUUAUUGCUACAGGUAUCGCUGUGCAGCCCGCAGCCAAAACACCCCUGACAGCUCAGCUUCAAACCUGGGGUUUCGCUGUGCAGCGGAUGCCUUGCCGGACCCACAGUGACCAGAUGGCUGCACUGCAUUCAGGGAGGAGGCGUGCAGUGUUACCUGCUGCUGAGAAUGGAAAAUCUUGUGCUUAAAGUUCCUGUUGGACAGGAAAAUUCCAGCACUCACCAACACUGCUUGAAGCUGUGUGUGCCUAUGCUUGGGAAACCUGGCCUGGACUUUCAUCACGACCAAGCUUCUUAGAGGUACUGCUUUCAGUGGGAGUAGCCUGGAGUUACAUAAGCACAAACCUGAGCAGAAACAUGCUGACAGUGUUUUAAAAUGUUAAUUUUAUUUAGUAGAUCCUUUGGAAAAGUUCUUUAAUAACUAAAUGUAUUUAUGUAUCGUUUGAAUCUCCACACUCAGAUCUGAUAAAUGAGGAUUUCAUAGGCUCCUGGAUAGCUCUAAAAGAAAUCUGAAGCAGUUACUGCUUCCAUAACCUUGUAGGAGGCAUACUUACCAUUUGGAAAAGACACGAAGACAACACAGGGACACUUAGUGCAGCUGGUGUAUUGCAUUCUAAUGGCAGCGAAAAUCAAAUCCAGCAAUGUGCUUUUUUUGGUGCAAUACUAACUGCUCCAUAGGAAGAAGUGCCUUUUGCAACUGGGGGGAGGGAUAAUCAUCACUGUGAGAAUUAGAAAUGUAUGUAUUUGAAUAAAAUAUCAAGCAUUUCUUCACGCUGAAAACUUUCACUGGUGGGGAAAAAUACUGGCAACGUGCUUUGAAUUUCUCUUGGCUGGGUUGUAGGCUUACUUUCAGAACUUCCAAAUUGCAAAUAUGGCACUGGAAACUGAGGCUAAUGAGUGACUGCUAGAAUAGAAUUCAUUCAAAUCAAAAUAUGGCAAAUGGAACCAUGGGCCCUAAGGUUUCAUGAGAUAAACUAAGAAACUGUUGUCUGUUCCCCAAUACAAAGCAAACACCCAAAUAAAACAACCCCUCCUUAUUUAAAAGAAUAACGAUAGCAAGGAGAAGGGGGUAUACUGAGAACUACCUCAUUUUAGGAUCUGAAUGUAUUUCAGCCCUGUCACAAAGUGUUCUCAACUACCACUGCUGCAGCAGGGGGUGCUUGUGCUAACUGGAGCCUUCACAGGGAAUGUCUGUGCUGUCAGCUCUGCCCCAGCAUGGCUCUCCUCCUGGACCUGUCAUGCAGCAGUGGGGCUGACCUCUGUCAGGCUGUGUGAGUGCCUGUGUUAAAUGGAUUGAACUCGGCAGUCUUGUCAGAUGCUCUCAGAGAUAACAGUGAAAAAUGUGGUGGAUUAACAGAACUUUUGCACUGAUGACACUCCUUCCCAGCAGUGUUUUCUUUGCAGUGAAGUAGGUGCGGGUCAAUGCAGUGUGAGGUGAAUACAAACCUGUGUCCAUCCAGCUCCCUCUGCACUUGGUGUUCAAUACUGGGAGGCACAGGAGAGCAUCAGGGGAGCCCUUCC